AUGGCCAACGUAGGCGAUUUCUUCGCCUUUGGCAGCAUCAUCGUCCUCGCGACGCUGACAAUUUACAGUGCGAGUUAUGCGAGUUUGAGGAUGCCUAGAGAGGCCAAGAGGAGGUGGAGAAAAGCGAGGGGGGAAGAGGACGAUGAUGAGGAUGAGGAUGAUGAUGAGGAAGAUGAGGAGGACGAGGUUGUGGAUCGGUUGACUGUAAGUCUUUGACGCUUGUUGGAUGGGGAGGGAGAAGGGUCGUGAGGGGGUGACGUGUUCGCGACCCCGCCUUGCUUGGCUGGGCUUCAACGCGCGAUGGAGCAUGACGCACCCCCUACGACUCCACGCACGAAAAAAUCGUUAGACUCACUAUCUUACGUGUACCCUCCCCCAGGCCCAAGACGCCUACCUAUUCCCCAUCCUAGGCUCGGUCGUGCUCUUUACCCUCUACCUCGCCUUCACCUUCCUCGACAAGGAGAUGAUCAAUAGCAUACUCGGCGCCUAUCUGGCUUUGAUGGGUGUAGGAGCAGUCGCCAAAGUCUUAAGUUCGGGGAUCAAGUUUGGGUUGGGGACGAAAGUGACGAAGGGUUUGGUCAAGGUCAGUUCUUGGCCGAAUCAGGAUGUAGAUGCCAUAGGAGAGGUGGGGUUUGCUGACGUGUCGAGUCGGCUGUGAUCUCAACAGUGGAAAAUAUCAAUGCACAAGGGCAAAAAAGGUUCGGACCGAGGACACGUUAUGAGCCCACGUAAUCUGUCGGACUGAACAUCUCUCGUUUCUCGCAGAGUACGCCUCGCUGGGCUUCACCGUCCUCGACCUCGUCGCUUUGGUCUUGGGACUGGGUCUGCAAGUGCUGCAGCUUUACAAGCCUUUUUGGAUACUUGUCAGUUCUUGCCCCCGACCGACCUUGCGGAGUAUCUCGGGGUCUCACAGUCACCGAACUCCUUGGCGAGAAUUUCUUCAAACCACGACUGACGGCCCCGUCCACGUGACCAAACAGUCCAACCUCGUCGCCCUUUCAUUCGCUUUCGGUGCCGUCUCGUUGAUGCGACUCGACUCAUUCUGGACCGGAUCGGCCUUGCUCGCGUUGUUGUUCUUCUAUGACGUGUGGUGGGUCUUUGGAUCCAACGCCGUAUUCGGGGUGAGUCUCACUUCUCUCUCGGGGACCGGCUCCAUCACGGACCCAAGAGGUGAAACUCGCUUGGACGAUCUCCUAACCUAAAUCCUCGCCCCUCACCUCUCCCAGGCCAACGUCAUGGUCACCGUCGCCACAUCCUUCGACGCCCCCAUCAAAAUCACUUUCCCCCGAACGUUCCUGUCCCCUCUUUACACACUUCAAGGCAAAGAUUUCAUGCUCUUAGGAUUGGGGGAUAUUGUCCUACCGGGCAUUUUCGUGGCGUUGAGUUUGAGGUGGGACUAUCAUAGGGCUCUGAAGAGGGUGGAGGGACCGCCCAAGCCGGAGAUGGGGUGGGGCAGGAAAGGGAAGGGGUGGGGGAGACCGUAUUUCAGGGCUACUCUGGGGGCUUAUGUUCUUGGUCAGUUUGAUGAGAAUGGGCGUCGAGAAAAAGGUGUAUGUUGAUGAAAAGCCUGCUAUGUCGGACAGGUUUGAUCACGACCAUCACGAUGAUGCAUCAAUUCAAAGCCGCGCAACCGGCCUUGUUGUACCUUUCGCCGGCUUGCAUCAUCGUGCGUCUCAUCAUGCCGAAUCUUUUGUCUCCCAAAGUUUCGGACAAAGCUGAUUCGAAUUUUCUCCUCUUUUCCAGGCCGUUUGUUUCACCGGCUGGCGCCGCGGCGAAUGGAAAAAAUUAUGGGCUUUUGAUGACGCUUCGGAUGACGAGCCUAGUAAGGACAAGAAGAAGGAUGAAGAGGUCGAGGCAGAAGAUGAGCGAUCCGUCGAGCAGCAAGAGAGUGAGAAGCCGCGUGGGAGCGGUUUGAGAAAUCGUGGUACUGGUGCGACAAGUGACGCGGAGGGGGAGAAGGAGUAG